GCACCGGCUCCAUCCAGUCCAGCCCCAGCCUUCUUCAGCUCCAUCAGACUCAGAACACCAGCAGACAUGAGCAGCUCCGUGCGCCGCUUCUCCUCCUCCAUGUCCCUGUCCUCUUUGCCGUCUCUGUCGCGCGCCCAGCGGGCCGCCAGCGUGUACGGGGGGUACGGGGGAGGGUCCGGGGGGGUCUGGGGGUCCUCCUCCGCCUCCACGGGCCUCGGCUCCGGGUUCGAUUUGGCACUGCUCGGAGGAGGAGGCGGUGGAGGAGGAGAGCGCAUCGGCAACGAGAAGGUGACCAUGCAGAACCUGAACGACCGGCUGGCCUCUUACCUGGAGAAGGUGCGCACACUGGAGUCCGCCAACGACAAGCUGGAGCGGCAGAUCCGGGACUGGUACGACAAGCAGACCCCGACUGUCCGGGACUACAGCAAGUAUGAGGCCAUCAUAGCAGACCUGCGCAAAAAGAUCAGUGCUGCCUCUCAGGACAACGCUAGGUUGAUGCUGCAGAUUGACAACGCCAGACUGGCAGCGGAGGACUUCAGAGUCAAGUUUGAGAAUGAGCUGGCGGUUCGCAUGUCAGUGGAGGCGGACAUCGGCGGUCUGCGGAAGGUCUUGGAUGAACUGACCAUGGCCCGAUCCGACCUGGAGAUGCAAGUGGAAGGCCUGAAGGAGGAGCUGGUCUACCUAAAGAAGAACCAUGAAGAGGAGCUUGCAGCCUUGCGUGGCCAAAUGAAAUCCAGUUCAGUAAACGUGGAGGUGGAUGCCUUACCGCAGGUCGACCUGAACAAGACACUAAAUGAAAUCAGGACUCAGUAUGAGGCCAUCGCUGAGAAGAACCGGCGUGAAAUGGAGGAAUGGUACAAGGUUAAGUUUGAUGAACUGAACAAGCAGGUGGCAAGUAGCACCGAGACCCUCCAGACGUCUCGUAGUGAGAUCAACGACCUUAAGAGGACCCUGCAGAGUCUGCAAAUUGAGCUGCAGUCCCAGCACAGCCUGAAAAGUGCCUUGGAGGAACAGCUGGCAGACACCGAGUCCCGCUACAGCAUGCAGUUAAACCAGCUGCAGAGCAUGGUCAACGCCCUGGAGGUGGAACUCAGCCAGGUGAGGGCAGACAUCAAGAGGCAGGCAGCAGAUUACCAAACCCUGCUCGACAUCAAGACCAGGCUGGAGCUGGAGAUCGCUGAGUACAGAAGACUGCUGGAUGGAGAGGACCUGAGCAGGACUGUUGUAAAGACAGAGGUCAAAGAAGUCAAACCUGAACCUGUGAGAACUCAGAGGACAAAGAUUGUGGUUGAGGAAAUAGUUGAUGGAAAAGUUGUUUCCCGUACAGAAGAUGUGCAAGCAUCAGUCAUCAACAAGUAGUCAUACUGGUUCAUCUAAAACCUGCUUCAAAUGUUAACUCAAUAAUAAUAAUUUUUAAAAAAAGAAAGUGGCUUUGACAGAUCUUCUUCUAUUUUCACUUUGUAACCAAAGCCUGAAAUAGUACAGUAGAAGAACUGUGCAAAACAGUCAAAUCUGAAUUACAUUUUUCUUUCACCCAUUUAUUAAAACCCACUGGAAACAGCUUCACAGAUCAGAAUCGACCUGUUCCUGAAAUUUCACUUUCAACCAUGAGGUGGCACUGUGAGCCUCACUUUUGAAACGAGAACAGCAGAGACAAAUCAGAGCUUUCUUUAUGUGGUCAUUGGAUUAACUGUGAUAUGAAUAAUAAAAGAAAACCCAGGUUCUUUUUCCACUUUGUAUCUAAAACCUGCAUUUAUGGGGCAUAUUGAGGUCAACAGCACAGAAUACUGAAUGUUUUCAAUCAAGUGCAAAAAGAAUAAAAACCUAUUUCAUGUCCCAUUAAAGUUUUCGUUUCUGUGAGUGGUCUUUUUCAGUUUCUGCAUCAGAUUGUUUGCUAUGGUGGAGAUGAAAAUGUCAAAAAAUUCUUUACAUUGUAAUGACUACUAUAUUCCAUCAAAAGUGAGCACAAAGCACAUUAAAGAUCUUGUUUCUUUCUUGAC